GAAUAAAUAAAUUCAUAAAUUAGACCAAUUAAUAAAAUGCAUUUAGUGUACAUCAGAAUAUAGUCAUUAUUCUGGAACUAUGUAAUCAAUAAAGUAAUGAGAAUAUUAUAAAACCACUGUAAUUUUGAAACUGUAAUCAAUAGAAUAACACAAUGCACAACUAUGAUUAUAUUCAAUAUAAUGUGAUCAACCGAAAUGCAUGGAUGUAAUACUUUAUGCACCACAACUGGUAUUGAACUCACCACUGGUCACUGACUUUGACACCUUUACUGAUCUGUAUAAUGACCCGUAGGCACCAAUUGUUCUAGAGUUCGCUGGUGGAGGCAACAGACAGUCACUAUGGGGGGUCAAUGUGCUUCCCCUGGGGCCUGUUUUUUAACUCUUCAAUCCAAGAUGCUUUCUGUCUGUCCGGAGUUUCUCCAUUUUUUGAAACACAACACCCCUCCUUAUAUACAAAAAGGACCGCCCACAAAGGAUAAGAGUCAAUGAUUUUAUUGGUUACACCUGAAAAGAUAAAACUACAAUCAAUAAAGAUAACGAGACAAUUCCGCGGAAAUGUUAAGAGGUUGAGUGAACAGAUUUUAUCUAGAACCCACAACUCAAACAAGAUCUUGUAACCGCAAAACUAUUGUGCCAACCAAAAAAUAAGUAGACCCAAGACUCGAACGCGUACAUGUUAUUGAUAUUUCUGUUCGUAUUAUAAAUACAGCUCUAUAAAUUUCAAAACGUGUACCUUCUGGUUUCUUUGAGAAAUAUGUCAGCAGAUUUAAAGCAGCAUUCCAAAAAUAACUAGAAAAUGCAUUUCCUGCAGAAAAUGCGUUGGAAUGCCGAAAGAUUAAAGCUGAAAUCAAUAUCAACGAAUUGCUCAAAAUGCAGAAAUGAGAAAAGCUGAAAUACAUUUUUUAAAUUGUUGAAAAUACGGACAUGAUACUAUUAAUCGUAGUAGUAGAAGUGUAGUAAAAUUAGUGGUAGUAUUAAUAGCAUCACAAAUACUAGAGCCAGAAUAAACUGGAGCCAGUGACUAUUUAUUAAAUGCUUAGGCAGCAUUUCAACAAUAAGUAUGUGAGAUAACAAGAAGUCGCAGGCCACGCUCAACUAAUACACACCCAAUAAACAAAACAUUUACAUUUUAAGCACUAUUGCUAUUCUUGUGGCAGCAGGGUGGCAACGUUUGUGGUUUUAUUACAUCCAGCAGCUGUUGAGCAGAGCAUUGAUUUACAACGUCAAAGUCAUCUGACACUCUGACCCCUGCAUGUUCAUGUAUUGUGUGACGGCACAAUCAAGGAAGUCAGCUCAAACCGCCUGGAGCCUACGCAGGCCGGAGACAUCUGGAGAAGCAGUCAAAACACUGGGGAGCCUGCCAUUGUUUUUUCUUCCAAAACGGAACUGGUCAGCGGGGCAGAGAAAAAGAACCUAUGACUGCCGCUAAACAUGGUUUCCGUCUUUAGUUUUCUUCCCAAACAGGAUGCAAGAGCAUGAACGUUAGUCUACGAACGGCAACACUUCUUUUUGGCUCCGAAUGGACAACCACAUAUUGGUCGCAUUUCACACUAAAAGCUCCCGGGCACCUUGUGGAUAUAAACAUAUUUAUUGAUCUUUUUGGAAAUGACGUCGUGGCUUUUUCUGCUGCAGCUCAUCGUUAGCUUUGAGGGUUUCUUCGGAGCUGAACAUGAGACGCUGUGCACCUCCAACGCCUGCUUUACUCUGCAUAUGGACAAGGUGCGCUUUAAUGAGGCCAGUGAAUACUGUUCGGACAACGGAGGUUAUCUAAUGACGGUCAAAAACCAAGAAGAAGAAGGUGUACUGCGCUCGCUUCUCUCACAGAUCCAAACACAUCCUCUGGACGAAGCACUUUGGAUUGGAUUAAAGCUGCACAGUGGGAACUGCGUGUUGGCUGACCAGAGUCUCAGGGGGUUUAAAUGGGAAUCCGGAGACCAAGAUUCCAACUAUUCCAACUGGGAGAAAGAGCCUCUACCCACAUGCACAGAGAGAUGUGCAAUGAUUCAUUUCACUAAAUCGGGUCAGAGCCAGCUGAAAUGGACUGAUAAACAUUGCAAACAAACUGCUUUUUAUGCAUGUGCGUUUUAUUUUAAAGGGAUGUGCAGACCUUUGGCUCUAGUGGGGCCCGGAAAAAUCACCUACACGGCGCCCUUCUCAGAAGAGCCACUGAGGAGCGAUAUGCAACUAUUUCCACUCGCAACAUAUGCUGUUAUUUCAUGUGACGACAAACCGCCUCACGACCAACCAUCUGUGUGCCUGGCGAUGGACAACACCUAUCGUUGGCAUCGGCCUGGUCCAUUUUGCAAAACAGGAAAGCGUUAUUGCGAGACAAACAACGGCGGAUGUGAACAUUUGUGCCGGCAGGAUGCAGAAGAAGUUCGAUGCUUUUGCAGGGAAGGUUAUGACCUAGACGAGGACGGACUGGCUUGCAGGUUGAAAGCCGUGUGCGGCGUGGAAACCUGCGAGCAUCAGUGCGUGAUCACGGAAUCCGGGUAUUCCUGCAGAUGUCCGGAGGGGUUCGAACUAGAAGUGAACCAGCGUAACUGCUCUGACGUCGACGAGUGCAAGUCCCGAGCCUGCGGGGAUCGCCUGUGCCUGAAUACGCACGGCAGCUACACGUGCGAGUGCCGAGGCGGCUACCGGAUGGUCGCCGGUGAAUGCGUCGAUAUCGACGAGUGCACGCACACCGGAUGCGAGCACAGCUGCUCGAACAGCGUGGGAUCCUUCUCUUGCAACUGCAACGAAGGCUUCAGUUUGUCCGCAGACGGCCACUCGUGCUCCUGCCCGCGGGGCUCCCACGUGGACGCCGACGGAUCGACCUGUGCUCCGGACGUGACGGAAACGUCGACGCCUCCGGCCGACGGCCCACCGGAUGAGGAAGAGAACUUUACCGAGUCCCUAACCGGGACCACGGUCGAGCUCCAACACCAGUCCCCUCACACUGACGCAACCUUUCUAGACCUGGGGAACGACACGCACGGGGAUCCGGGGAGCAACACGUCCUCGGUGGCAGGUUUUGCCAACUCGGUUAACUUCAGGGUGAUCGUCUGCGUCCUCGGUUCGGUAAUCCCUCUGCUGCUUUUGGUGACUCUGACUGUCGUACUUUUCCGAUGCCGUCGCUCCAAAAAGGAAGCUAAGAAAAGCAGCACCGCGGACGGUUACUGCUGGGUGCCCUCCGGGUUGGACCAGCGCUUAGAGAAACUCUAUGACUCCAUCUUGACUGAUGACCUAUGACCUGUCAGUGACGAAGAAGAUGAUUGUUCCUAUUUAUGUAAUUUAUGUUCUUGCAGCCUCCCUGGGUUUUUAUAAAGAUUAUAAAGUCCCAAAAAAAGUAAAAUGGUAUAUGAUCGGCUCUACAAUGGGGGUCAUUUGUUGUGGAGAUCUGAUAGUUUGGAUUUAUGAUCCCAGAAAGAUUUGAUUUGAGUUUAACAAGUUGUCCCAAGUGAACAUCUUAAUGUUAAGAACAGUCAACUAAGGUUGUAUUUUUUCUUGCCAUAACCAGACACAUUUUCUGCCAUUUUACCAAUAAACUUAUUUCAGUAGUGUUUGCAUCAGCUCCAGGCCGACAUUACUAUCACUCUACGGCACAAUUCAGAUGAGAUUUUGCAGUAUGUUCACAUUUAACCACACGUCACUCCCCCCACGUUCUUUACUGAAAGGAGUUUUCACAUCUGAUGCUGGUGUAAACAUAAUGAUAAACAGUAUCAAAACCAAUACUGUAAGUAAUGUGAUUUGGAAAAAAAACUGAAUAAAUAAUUUGCUCUAA